ACAGGCAGGCAGGCAGACAGGUAGGGGGCGUUCAGAGACCGCUAGACAGCAGUCAGUGUGUGCUCUGAGCUGUGUUUGCUGGCAGGGGGAAACAGUUCGUGGCAAAGCAGAGAUGUAGUGUAUCUCGCUGGGACUUCGUGGCCAUCCGUCUGUCACUUUUUACCGGGGGAUCAUUUGUCUGACAUUAACACGGAAUGGGAAAGGCCGGAUUUGUUUUCUUUCACAGCUCCACCGCAUGAAUGUGUCGCGUAAUGCGACCGUGGAGAGCUUCCUCCGGGGGGAAACAUUUAUGGUUCGCGUCGGUUUUUGUUGGAGUAGCUAGUUGCUAGCGCUGGGCUAGCGACUGUGCUGGCUACUUGGACGUAUUUUUUGCAAGGAUGCUACGGUGGAUACGACAGCAGCUGGGCUUUGACCCCCCUCAUCAGAGCGAGACCAGGACAGUUUAUGUAGCCAACCGUUUCCCCCAGCAUGGCCACUACGUACCACAACGCUUUGCUGACAACAGAAUCAUCUCCUCCAAGUACACAAUCUGGAAUUUUGUCCCUAAAAAUCUGUUUGAGCAGUUCAGAAGGAUAGCCAACUUCUAUUUUCUCAUCAUUUUCCUUGUACAGUUAAUGAUAGACACCCCAACUUCCCCAGUCACCAGUGGUCUGCCUCUCUUCUUUGUGAUCACAGUAACUGCCAUAAAACAGGGCUAUGAGGAUUGGCUAAGACACAAGGCAGACAACGAGGUGAAUGGAGCUCCAGUGUUUGUGGUUCGCAGUGGAAGUCUGGUCCAGACACGAUCCAAGAACAUUAGGGUGGGGGACAUUGUUCGUGUGGCUAAAGAUGAAACGUUCCCAGUUGACCUGGUGUUGCUGUCCUCAGAUCGUGCAGAUGGCACCUGUCACAUCACCACAGCCAGCCUCGAUGGAGAGACCAACCUUAAGACUCACUACUCUGUGGCAGAGACAUCAGUGUGUCAGUCAGUGUCUCAACUGGAGUCUCUUCAGGCUGUGGUGGAGUGUCAACAACCGGAAGCUGACCUGUACAGGUUUGUCGGUCGGAUUACGGUGACUCAGCAUGGAGAGGAGAUAGUCAGACCGCUGGGGCCAGAGAAUUUGCUGCUACGAGGAGCCAGGUUGAAAAAUACCAAAGAGAUUUUUGGUGUUGCAGUUUACACAGGGAUGGAGUCCAAGAUGGCCCUCAAUUAUAAGUGCAAGUCCCAGAAACGCUCUGCGGUGGAGAAGUCCAUGAAUACCUUCCUAAUCAUCUACCUGGGCAUCUUGCUGUUCGAGGCCAUCCUCAGCACCAUCCUGAAGUACGCCUGGCAGGCUGAGGACAAAUGGGACGAGCCUUUUUACAACCAAAAGACUGAACAAGAGAGAAACAGCAGUCCGAUCUUGAAGUUCAUCUCGGACUUCUUGGCAUUUCUGGUUCUCUAUAACUUCAUCAUCCCCAUCUCGCUCUACGUUACUGUGGAGAUGCAGAAGUUCCUGGGCUCCUUUUUCAUUGGCUGGGAUUUGGACCUUUAUCACGAGGAGAGCGACCAGAAAGCUCAGGUCAACACAUCUGACCUCAAUGAGGAGCUGGGGCAGGUGGAGUACGUGUUCACGGAUAAGACGGGUACGCUAACAGAAAAUGAGAUGCAUUUCCGUGAGUGUUCAAUUAACGGAACCAAGUACCGGGAAGUUAACGGCAAACUGGUACCAGAGGGAAUGACUGACGAUUCUCCAGAUGGUUCUAUGCCUCACCUGAUUGGUGAAGAGUUGUUAUUUCUCAAGGCGGUGUCAUUGUGUCACACGGUUCAGAUCAGCUACGACCAGCCAGACUGCAUGGUUGGAGGAGGAGAUCCAUUCUCCCAUGCAAACGGUUUCUCCUCCAAUCACAUGGAAUACUACGCCUCUUCACCAGAUGAGAAAGCUUUAGUAGAGGCAGCAAAGAGGAUUGGAGUGGCCUUCACUUGCAGCAGUGGAGAUAUCAUGGAGAUCAAAACAUUUGGCAAAUCAGAGAGGUAUAAACUGCUCCAUGUGUUAGAGUUUGAUGCCGACCGCAGGAGGAUGAGCGUCAUACUGCAGACUCCCUCAGGAGGCACAGUGCUGUUCACCAAGGGUGCAGAGUCGUCCAUCUUGCCUUUUGCUACUGGUGGUGAAAUAGAAAAGACGAGACUGCACGUUGACGAAUUCGCCUUGAAAGGUUUGCGGACAUUGGUGGUAGCAUGUCGCCACUUCAGCCCGGAGGAGUACAUUGAUGUGGACAGGCGUCUGAACGCUGCCCGCACCGCGCUGCAGCAGAGGGAGGAGAGACUGCAGGAGGCCUUCAGCUACAUCGAGAGAGACCUGCAGCUGCUGGGAGCGACAGGGGUUGAGGACAAACUCCAGGACAAAGUACAGGAGACCAUUGAGGCUCUGCGGCUGGCAGGGAUCAAAGUAUGGGUGCUAACGGGAGACAAACAUGAGACGGCAGUCAGCGUCAGCCUGUCCUGUGGCCACUUCCACAGAACCAUGAACAUCCUGGAGCUUCUGCAACAACGCUCUGAUAAUGAGUGUGCUGAGCAGCUCCGCAUACUGGCUAGGAGGAUAAAGGAGGACCACGUCAUACAGCACGGGUUAGUCGUGGAUGGUGCCAGUCUGUCUUUAGCAUUGAGGGAGCACGAGAAACUCUUUAUGGAAGUGUGUAAAAACUGUUCAGCUGUGCUGUGCUGCCGUAUGGCCCCGCUGCAGAAAGCUAAGGUGGUGCGUCUUUUAAAAACAUCUCCAGAGAAACCCAUCACACUAGCUAUUGGAGAUGGAGCCAAUGAUGUCAGUAUGAUACAGGAAGCUCACGUGGGCAUAGGUAUCAUGGGGAAGGAGGGUCGUCAGGCCGUGAGAAACAGUGACUAUGCAAUUGCCAGGUUUAAGUUCCUGGCUAAACUUCUGCUGGUCCACGGUCACUUCUACUACAUUCGAAUAGCAACGCUUGUACAGUACUUUUUCUACAAGAAUGUGUGUUUUAUCACGCCCCAGUUUUUAUACCAGUUCUUCUGUCUGUUUUCACAACAAACUCUGUAUGACAGUGUUUAUCUGACACUGUACAACAUCUGCUUCACUUCGCUGCCCAUCCUGGUGUACAGUCUGUUUGAACAGCUGGUCCAUCCUCAUGUACUACAGAAUAAACCUGGCCUGUACAGGGACAUCAGCAAGAACUCUCUGCUGUCUUUCCGGACAUUCCUGUACUGGACUCUGUUGGGCUUCUGUCACGCCUUUGUCUUCUUCUUUGGAUCCUACAUCCUGAUGGGAGAAGACACCACACUUAUGGGAAAUGGACAGAUGUUUGGAAACUGGACAUUUGGAACGCUGGUCUUUACAGUCAUGGUCAUCACUGUUACAUUGAAGCUUGCUUUAGAGACACAUUUCUGGACGUGGAUGAACCAUUUCGUAACAUGGGGUUCGAUUGCCUUCUACUUCAUCUUCUCUCUCUUCUAUGGAGGCAUCAUCUGGCCAUUCCUCCACACCCAGGACAUGUACUUUGUAUUUGUGCAGCUUCUGUCCAGUGGUUCGGCGUGGUUCGCCAUCAUCAUCAUCGUCAUAACCUGCCUCUUUCCUGAUGUGGUGAAGAAGGUCUUCUACAGACAUCUGCAGCCCACCAGCACACAGAAGAGUCAGUCUCUAUCAGCCCCCCAGACGCAGGCCCUCAGCUGUGUGGAAUCCCUGUGCUGCUACCAACAUGGGCAGAGCGGCUGUUCCCGCCUGGCCCACCUCCUGGAGCAAAUAACCGGGCAGUGCCAGGCCAGCACCAACCAUUGCCACACAUCCAGCCGCAACAACAGGUGGGGAGGACGCCGACGACUGCAGGAAACUAUGAUUAUGAAUCCUGAUGAACCCUCACCUCUUGGUUUCACAAAUUUGGGCUGCAGGCCUUAAUAUGUCUACAACCCUACUGUCUUGGAGCGACACGGAAAACCUCUACUCCAACGAUCGCAGCAUCCUGACGCUGUCGCCCAUCGAAGCCACCCACUGCUGACUCCCAGAGCCACUGACUGUAACACACAGAGCUGGGGGAAAGCUUCCACUGUGCUAUGAAUCAAAAUCACACCGUCACCCUGCCGCCAUUUCAUAAUCCCACUUCACUUUAAAGUCAAUGCAUCCUCAGCUGGACACAGAUGGGAGCUGUGGCAUCAUGUGAAACCAAAGGAAUCGUCUCGAUGCAGCGAGCUGCUUUAUCCUUCACCAAUUUGUUGAGCUGAAUCAAUGCUUUGUAGAGAGCUUUCAGAGGGGAGCUGCAUCAUGGAAUUAAAUAAAACAUGAAUUGUUGAGCAAGUCAGUGUGGCAUGAAGCCGACAUCUGUGGAGCAACAGUUAUCAGAUCGCUGCUGCUGAAAGGAGCAUAUUUAAAUUCAGUACCCUUUAAAAGCUAGAGGAGGUCAGCACAGGUACAUGCACCAUCAUGCAGCUACUUAAUCAUUUCCAGUACAGUUGCCAAACUUAUUUUUUCUUGCAACUGGCAUAAACACGACCUUGUACUGUAAGUCUGAUAUAUUUGUAGACAGACAGGAGAUUCCUGACAAUCUGGACUUUUUUUUUGUUUUGCUCCAGAUGUUAGUUAAUGUCAGGCAUCAGUCCUGCUCGAAGCAUGGCAGCCUAAAAGGACUGUAACCUAACCAAACUGGUUUGGACAUGCUGACUAACCUCAACACGGGACUGAUGUGGUUUAUAGACACCAGCUCCCAGGAAUCAACCAUGUAGCAACAGGACAGAAGCUCCAAAACUCUGACUACACCGCAGAGGUGACCCAAUAUCAUGCUGGUUCCAUAAACUGCUACAUAGAUUUCUUCUUUGAGCCUCUUUGGCCUCGCUGCACCUUCAUUUUUGCACCUUUUCAUAUAAACCGCCCACAGUCCUGUAGCUUCCAGAGCCUCGCUGGUUCUGUUCAAAUCUAGACUUGUUUCCUUCGGACCUACAGUACUCCCUCGAUACUGUGCAAGGAGAUUCAUCUCUACCGUGGAACCAAAGACCAAAGGAUUCAGACUGGAGUUGAAAAGAUAUAAAGUGUUUAUUUUUGUGCCUGAUUGUACAGAAGCUUAUAUUGUUAUGAAGACUACGGUUAUUGUUCGUGCUGCUUUCUCGUCUGACUGUUCAGGCCUCCGUCUCGCCGCUACGUCGCUCUGAAUGGCGCCAGACGAGGUCUGUUAAAAAAGCCAUACAUUUUCAAGAAGUUAUAUUCUAGAUAGAUUAUUAAAGGUACUGCAGAUAGAAGCUGUUUGAGCCUGUUGUUGGUGUUGUUUAAAAACUUGUUUCCCCUGAAAUGCCUUUUCUCAUUCAGCCUGGUUUGCAAAAGCAUCUUAGCAUUGAAGGCCACGACGCUUGGAAUAUUUUAAGGAAUAUUUUUAGAACAUCGGUACAGACAGACUCGGAGUUACAAUCAUCUCUCUGAGUUGCCUAAAAAUAUUCCGGCUUCGAUAACGGUACCACUUCUGUUUCUGGGAGGCAAAGCUGGCUUUAAUGACGAGAUGUUUUUUUCCAAAUCGCGGCUGAUGCGUGUCGACCCGGACAGCAGAAUGUCUCUAUCUUUCCAGAGAUAGAUAUAUCAGAUGAAUUCUAUAACUCAGCUUGGAUAGAGAUGAAAAGAAGAGCAGAGCGUUUGCACAACUCACAUAUCAAAACCACAUUUCUGUUUUCUUGAAUCAUUGUUCGUCUCUCACCAUUGAAUUCAUCUGAACCAUGUUUUUGCUGUUAUGUUGUCGUCGCCGUGUGUGUUUCUAUCCGCAUGUUGAUGAAGUGUUAAGUGUGUGUGUGUGUUUGUGUGGAAGUGUUGCCGUGUUUCUUGUGUGGCAGCCGUGUUGGUUGAAGGAAGUACAGUACGUGUGUAGCCUUGCUGUAAGCUGUUCUAUGACCUCAGUGGGCGCGUGCUGGCUGCAGGUCAAAGGUCAAAUCUUUUAUGAUGCUCAGUGUGUCCUCUUCUUCCAGAAACAGGCGAACUGAGGAAGUUUAACGGUUCUUUCGCUUUAGGAGAAUUCAUUCGAGUCCAGAUCGCGAAGCUGACAGGAGCGUAACGUAGAAAACUUUUUAAGACAACCGUUUUAAACUUGAUGUCAACAACCACACAACAAUGACCGGUACAUGCCUCAGCUCACACAGGGUAAACACAGAGUCAUAGGAGUUUCUGUUGCUAUGGUUACAGUUUAAAGACAUUCAGCUCAAAAUCAGAGAGCCGCUGAUCUUUCUGUCAGUUCAUUGAAUAUUUUAUUUUCUGUACGGUACACAUUGUCUGAUGCAUACCUGGGCCUGUUAUAUCCUUUCUGUUCAUACAGGUGACAAUGAAAGUGUCUAUUUAUUAUUAUUGCCGUACUUCUUCUUCUGUGUUUGUGUUGAACUGUUCUUACAUAUCAAUAUACUGUAUAUGUGUGUCCUGUUCAUGCGGCAACUUCCCAACGUGUUUUACUUGAUAUUGGACGUUGUAAUCAGGAGGUCAGACCUCCACUGAAGCUUUUUUUGUUUUUUUUCUCUGACCUGAAGGUGACGGUGCAGCUGGGAGCUGUCAGCUGUAAGCCCGAAUGUUAGCUUGUUACAGGACAUAUGUAAGGACACACUUGAAGUUACUCCAUGCAACAACCAAACGGUUCAUUUUAACCACCUGAGCUCAUAUAUGCUAUUAAAAAAAAACAACCUUGAUACACCUAUGAUACCUGUGAUCUGUACCUGGAUUUAGAACAAGUGCAUUAAUUCAGUUUGAACCGUUUAUUUCACAUAUAAAGGUCAGUUUACUCAUCCACUACUCAGCCUGUGAAAACAGGUACGGAUCCAGUAUUUCUGCAGCAUGAAACAAGAGACAUGAAUUCAGGAUAUCUUGUUCUCUGCUGCAUUAAUUAUGACCAUUCGGUUCCAUGGAACUGUAUGUAAAUGCAAUACUAUAUCAAAGAGGACCCUUUAAUACCCUUUUAAAAGGUCAGAUUUGAUGCAGCAGAGGCAGAAAUAUCCAGACUGAAGGAUGGAUCCUCCUCCACAGAAGACAUAAUAACUAGCACAGGCUGAGCAGGACUUCAAGUGAAAUGUUUCCAAUAUUAAUACAGAAAAACAUCAGAACCAGCUAGAAGUUGAUAAAAACUUUAUCAUCUUAAUGUCAGAGUGUGAUUGCACUAAAGGUCAGGUGACAAUAUUAAAUCCCCCAGCCUUAAAGUGCGGCAUGAGAAAAUCUACUACAUUAGACUUGAAACCAAGAUUGGACAGCCGUCCUCUCUGAAAUCAGCAAUAAACUCAGUUUUCAGGAGGAUUUGGAGGCAUCAGAGCUGUGACCCUGCUCAGUUAUUACAUGAUAUCAGAGCAGAUGGAAGACGAGCGCUCCCCUGCCAAAGGCAAACAAGGCAGUGAUGUGCAGAAACACCUGCAGUGUUGGUGCAUUUCUGAUGCCCCCUUGUGCUCACCUAGGACGACCCAGAGUGUUCACAAUGAAACAAUCAUUAUGACAAAUGAAAGGUGUGUCUAUUUAUGGGGUUAGAUAAAAAAAAAUAAUAAAAGUGCUAAAAGAUGGUGAGGACAAAAUUAUCAAGGUUUUAUUUCAAAAUGUUCUUUUUUCAAAGUCAUAGCUGGCUCUGCCCUGCUCAUCUGGAUUAAUAGAGUUGGUAAUAACCAGCAGCAUUAUGAAAUAAAAACAUAGUGACAUUAAAUUUGACCUGUAAUAAAGCGCUAAUGUGGAAAGAAGCAGGAUGAAGUGCAGCUUUGAAAAUCUAAAGAACUAGUCCACAAUUUCCCCGAUUGUUUAUUUAUCAUUGUGAACUCUUUGGGUCUUUAUAUAACACACACACAGUUUUUAUUCAAAUCAGACAGCCAGAAUAUAAAUACGGUGGUCAUGUAGUAAACUAUAUCGAGGUACAGAUUGUUAAACAUAUCAAAUAUCAGAGCUUUAUGACAGGAGAGCAGCACGGUUUAGAUAUGAGGCCUCUGGGGUAUUUCUGGAAGCAGGAGAUUGCUUUUUUUUUUAUUUUUAUGGUUUAAUAUUUUAUCAAGCCUCGACUAGAGAUGAUGAUCAUGUCACCCAUCAAAAUAAAAUUUGAUUCCUUAUUAAAGACACCACACAGGUGUGCUUUUAUAAUGGCCAGACCAGAAUCACUCGUGGCGUCUUGUGUCCUUUCUUCAGUCUUUAUAUCAUCCAGUGACCAGACCUUCUGUCUGUGACAUUAGACUUGGAGAAUGAUCCUGAACUCUUCAAUUAAAGAGUUCAUAGUCGUUGUGAGCAUAAAAAAGGAAAGUUUGGAGCUGAAAAUCACUUCCAAAUGCUGACGGGUGACGUCAGUGCAGAGAUGCUCUUGGAAAACUCAGCCACGGUUUGAGGACUUGAAUCAAAUUAAAGUUUCCUUGAUCAAAUCAGCUAAAACGAGGAGCCUAAAUUAAAAUGUCAACCGAUCACUUUUCUGCAGCAGAAUGUCCUGUGACUCAGCAUCAGCACACGAGGCUGCAGAUCAUGUCAUUGCAGGGAGAUGGUUUGUUGGAAUCAUUUUUGUUCUCAUCAGUAAAUCGUGCUGCUCCAGACAAUUAAUAAACCACCAUCAUCAGUCUUCUGUUGACUGAUAUCUAUUGACGUGUCUGUCCUCCCUCCUCCUCCUCUUGUCUGUAAAUCUGUCUUAUAGCUGAUGUUUAUGAAGAUGCAGUUCUAUUUACGAAAUAAAUACAUUUUUAAGAAAUGGG